AGCGGGCAUCCACGAUUCUUUUUCUUUUCCAUCAAGUUCUCUCUUCCCCUCCCUUCCUCCUUCCUCCUUCCUCAUUCCUCAUUCCUCCUUCCUCCUUCCUCCUUCCGUUGAUGAUCUUCUCGUCUCUGUUCGUUAAUUUCUAACGAUCGAUUGAGUUUGUCGAUUUAGGAUUUGAUCGAAUUUUCCGUUGGUGGAUUCGUAGAGGAUGUCGUACGCUUACCUGUUCAAGUACAUCGUCAUCGGUGAUACGGGAGUUGGGAAAUCAUGUCUUCUUUUGCAGUUCACUGACAAGCGUUUCCAACCUGUUCAUGACUUGACAAUUGGUGUUGAAUUUGGGGCUAGAAUGAUUACUAUUGACAACAAGCCUAUAAAAUUGCAGAUAUGGGAUACGGCGGGUCAGGAAUCCUUUCGAUCAAUUACAAGAUCCUAUUACAGAGGUGCUGCUGGUGCACUGCUGGUAUAUGACAUAACCAGGAGGGAGACAUUCAAUCAUCUUGCUAGCUGGCUAGAAGAUGCUAGGCAACAUGCCAAUGCUAAUAUGACAGUUAUGCUGAUUGGUAACAAAUGUGACUUGGCUCACAGAAGAGCUGUGAGCACCGAAGAGGGAGAACAGUUUGCGAAAGAGCAUGGAUUAAUCUUUAUGGAGGCUUCUGCUAAAACAGCACAAAAUGUUGAGGAGGCUUUUAUUAAAACUGCAGCAACUAUAUAUAAGAAAAUUCAGGAUGGUGUCUUCGAUGUAUCAAAUGAGUCGCAUGGAAUUAAAGUUGGAUACGGAGGAAUUCCUGGGCAAUCAGGUGGAAGGGAUGCCUCAUCUUCUCAAGCUAGUGGAUGUUGCAGCUGAUCUUUCCGGACCUGAUGUUCCUUCUUAUUAUUCUGUUUAAUCCAAGUGAAUCCAGAGUUAAAAGUCUGGAGCUUCCUCCCUGCUGCAUGCAUACUGGUACAUAUUGUACAAUCUUUCUGUACAUGAAUAAGUAUACCUCAGAUAGGGCUACAUGUUUAAUUGUACGGCUGCGUAUUUCCUAUUCAUUAAGUACAUUGUUUGUUUUAGUUGGUCUACUGGAAGUGUGCCGGCGUUGGAUAGAUGUUACAAUUUCUAUUAUAUUUUUAAAAAAUACAUUUCUAUAUAUCA